AUGGCGGUGUUUCACGACAAGGUGGAGAUCGAGGACUUCCAGUAUGACGAGGACUCCGAAACGUAUUUCUACCCCUGCCCGUGUGGGGAUAAUUUUUCCAUCACCAAGGAAGAUUUGGAGAAUGGGGAAAACGUGGCAAUCUGUCCUAGCUGCUCUUUCAUUAUAAAAGUGAUUUAUGACAAAGAUCAAUUUAUGUGUGGAGAAACAGUCCCAGCCCCUUCAACCAACAAAGAAUUAGUAAAAUGCUGAAGAAACCUUCAGGAAUCCACAUCCUGAACAGUUAAGAAUGAGCCCAGAUGGAAAUAUCAAAUGCAGAGAAACUGAUUUUUUUCAAGGGGACAGCUGUUUUGUGGAUUGCCAUUCUGUUUUCAUGUGUAUCUUUUCACCAACUGCUGAGUUCAUCUUCAAAUAGAGAAGU